CAUGCCAUUAAGAAACAGCCUCUGCAUCUCUUAGUACGAAGACCUCUUUUCUCUCUGCCUGCAAGUUUGUCCACCAUAGGGAGAAACAUGUUUAUUCAAACACAAGAUACCCCAAAUCCCAAUAGUUUAAAGUUUAUUCCAGGAAAACCAGUCCUGGAGAUAAAAACCAUGGAUUUUCCUACCCCAGCUUCUGCUUUUCGUUCCCCUCUGGCAAGGCAGUUAUUCAGGAUUGAAGGAGUAAAAAGUGUCUUCUUUGGACCAGAUUUCAUCACUGUCACAAAGGAAAGUGAAGAGUUAGACUGGAAUUUACUGAAACCAGAUAUUUAUGCAACAAUUAUGGACUUCUUUGCUUCUGGCUUACCUCUAGUUACUGAGGAAACAUCUUCAGGAGAAGCAGGAUCUGAAGAAGAUGAUGAAGUUGUGGCAAUGAUUAAGGAAUUACUAGACACUCGAAUAAGGCCAACUGUGCAGGAAGACGGAGGAGACGUCAUUUUUAAAGGCUUUGAAGAUGGUAUCGUACAGCUGAAGCUUCAAGGUUCUUGUACCAGCUGUCCCAGUUCAAUUAUUACCCUGAAAAAUGGAAUUCAGAACAUGCUACAGUUUUAUAUUCCAGAAGUAGAAGGUGUGGAACAGGUAUGCUAA